AUGGCGACCAUCCAACUGUCUUUCUCUCUUCGCGUUUCUUCCGGCGUUAAGUCCGUCCACCUGCUCGGUUCUUGGGAUAACUACAAUGGCCAAAUCCCCCUUUCCAAGGACAAGACUUCCAGCAAAUCCGGCUCGUGGAAGGGCACUUUCCGAUUUCAGGGCAACCUCGAAGCCGGCCAGCGAUACUGGUACUACUACAUCAUCGACGGAUACCACGUUUCGCACAACCCCAGUGAGGUCUCUACCGUUGAGCCCACAACCGGCCGAGAAUUGAACAUUCUUGAUGUCCCCAAGGACAAGUCAAGCAAGUCUUCAUCCAAGUCUCACAGCUCCAGCAAGAGCUCGUCAAGGAACACAACUUCCUCGUCAAAGGACAAGCACCGAUCCAAGCCCUCCGCUCUUGACAUUCCUAAGGGCCGACCUCUCUCCGUCUCGCAAAUCGUAGCUCCCAAGCCAAUGUCCCCACACGCUACUCGUCACAUCCUAGAUGCUGACUACUGCGACGACGAGACCAUCGAUGAACUCACUGCACGCUUCGGCAGCACCGGCUUCGAGGAGGACGAUGUCAUCACGGAUUUCUCCAGCUCUCCCGUCUCCUCAUCCGGCUCCAGCUUAUCCUACCGCUCGGACAGCUCAUCACCCAGCUCUUCGCUAUCCGGCUACAGCACACCCGCCUCAGACUGCAGCAACUGCACUUGCGAACGCUACGGUAUUACACGCAAGGGCGACCGCGUCAAGAUCGACUGCGGUGGUGCGCGCUGCGGAUACAGCGAGGAUGAGAGCUCCUGCUCCAGUGGCGACGAGGAAAACUACGUCCCACGAAACUCCCGCCGAAACGGCAUUGUUGUGCGAGCGUAA